UUAUGUUUAUUGUUUAUUAAUACUCCGUCUUUUCUCUAAAUUUUAUUAGACUAUUUUCUCGCUGUUUAAAGCGAAUGUGUUGUUUCUAAUGUACGGAAAAUCAUUUCCUGAUGUUCAGUAAUUAGUAGUUUUUACUUCUAGAUAGUUAUUUCCAGCUUAUCGACGAUUUUAUUCCAAAAUGAUCGAACGAUUCCAACGGUGCCCUGUUGUUCCUGUUUUCAUUGAAUUGCAUGCUGCAACGAAGAAAUUCUCUAUCUUAGAAGCCAAGGAUGUUGACAUCUCAAAGUUCACCAACAAGGAGAAACGUGGGAGAAAAAAGGUAAAUGCUCCUGAUAUUAAAUGUCCCUGCUGUAAGAAAAAGUUCACUGACAAACUUACAUUGAUUAAACACUGGCUGAAGCAGAUAAAGGAUUCCACUGAGGAAGAAGAUGAAGCGGCAACUAUCGACCUAGAAGAAGGAUCAGUAGCUGCUGCUGUAGUGGCCCUCAAAGAUGAACCUCAGGAGGGACCAUCAAACGUAGACAAAGCUGAUAAAGCUGAGCCUAUCGAUCCAGCCCAAAAUGCUGUACUGCCCAAAAAUGACUAUGAUUUGGACACACCAUUUGAAGAUCUCCCUGAUUUCAGUAUGGACGAUUAUUAUGAUAAUUACGAUUCGGAUGACUAUUUGCCAGAAGCUCUGAAAAAGAGUUUAAAGAAACGUAGGGUUGAGCCAAAAAAACAGAAAGCUAUCAAAGCUUCAAAACCACACAAAGAGUCGAAAGCGCUGCGUCACCUCAAUGAUGGUGAUAGAAAAGAGGCCCUUUACGAAUGUGAGAAAUGUAAAAAACGGUUCCAAGCAAAAGGUGCAGUCAAAAAACACAUGGUAAAACUCUGUUAUGUGCAUCUUUAUGGAGGACCGAAAAUUACCUGUUCGAUGUGUGAUGAGAAAUUUGUGCGGAAAAACGAGUACAAGAGACACAUCAAGUUGAAACACAGCAUGGUGCCAACGUUUUCUUGCGACUUCUGUCCAGAAACUUAUGCUAAGAAGUCAGAACUGAAGAAGCAUAUCAAGACGCAUCCGAAACCGUGGAAAUGCAGUUUCUGCACAGCUGCAUUUAAAAGGAAACAACACUUAAUAAAUCACAGUGUAAAACACUCAGAUGUGAGACCAUUUGUUUGUGAUGCAUGCGGGGCAACAUUCAAACUGAAGCAAAAUCUGGCUGAUCACAAGAAAACACACGGCAACAACAGAAUCUACAUGUGUCAUGUUUGCAGUGGGACAUUCAAGACUGUCACCACUCUUUAUCACCACAUGAAGACACACUCAGAUUACAAACCUUUUGCCUGUGACACAUGCAAUUUCAGGUUCAAAAAGAGGCAUGAUUUGAAGAAACACAUGCUCACUCACUCAGAUGUCAAACCGUUUGUGUGUGACCUUUGCGGCUAUGCCUCUAAACGAGUUAGUGACUUGAACUCACACAAGAAAACAGUGCACUCAAUAUUUUUCAAUAGUUCUCGCAAUACGCACAUCACAAAUAACACUCACAACGUGAUGAAUAACACUUCUCACAACGCAGGUUUCAUUGUCGGCAGCAACAAUGCUAUUGCAGCAACAGCAAACACUGGUGUACUGGUGGUGAUGAAUAAUGCUCUUACUGUGACGAAUAACAGUGCAAUGUCAGAAGCACAUCCCAAUGCCAUCCCUGAAGCUCACAGCAGCAAUGCCACUCUCAUGAAUGUGAUUCCAGAGGCCCACAACAACUCCCACAACAAUGCGCACGCAGGUGCUCACAGUGGCGAGCAUAACAACGAGCAAAAUAACCCCCAUAACAAUGUUUUCAGUCAUAUAAUAUUCAGUAACCCUUAUGGCAACUUUGUCAACCAGAAUGGAAAAAUGAUCAGUCUAUAAGCAAAUAUGUCAACUGAGCUGCCAGUUUCUCUUUUCAGCGGGGAAUCUGCCCAUCAGAAAUAGAUUAGUGGGAUAUCUUCAGAUCUGGAAAUUACAGGGAGUUAUACUUUGGCCCAGAAGGCGGGAAAUUUGUUUCAAAGGUUCAUGAAUUUAGUUUAAAAACUUGCAUUUAAGAGAGUUAUUUUAUCAGAUUGUUCCAAGAAGAGUGCAAGCUUUUUGCUUUUAAGCAAAAUCCAAGAAAAUAAUUUAAAAAUGCAAUGCAUUUUCACAUUUGUAUAUUUUAAAGUGUAGAGGUGUAGGUCUUUUGAUUUUUCUCAACAUUUGACAAGUGGUUAACAUACCCCCAGAAUCACAAAUGUAUGUCUUAUCUCAAUUAGUACCCCAACGAAAUAGGUAAAAUUUUCUAAUGAUCAGGAAAAUGUUUGGAAUUUUUUUUUUUUUUUUUUUUAACUUCUGCUUGUAUCAAGAUGAUUCAUUGAGUUGUAUUACGAUCGUUAAGCCUCAUAGCUUAGUAAACAGAGAAGACCUGACAUCAUCCACCAUGGCAGUGCAAACCAUGGUUUCUUCCAAAUUGGUUUCAUCAAUCCAUUUCAAGCAUCUGUCGAACAGUAAUUAAUCUUUCUGGAUUAUUUAUAAAAUUACCCUUUCACAAAGAGAAAUCAGUAGCAGAUAUGUUGUUUUUGGAAUGAACCAUAAAAGUUGGUUUCUUUUUUGUCAUGCCGUCCAGUUAUUAUGUCAGGCAGUAAGAAUAGUCAGGUUAUCAAAAUAAUUAAUUAUCUAACCUGCUCCCACUCGAAUUUUCAUUUUUCUAGAACUCUAAUUAUCAUUUUAAAUCUUCCAGACCAACCUGCAAAUUUUCUAUUUUUUCCCAAAAUAUCAUUGAAUUAAUACAUUUUGAAGGUGAAACAAUCAAACCACGCAUCUCAGUUAACAGCGUUGCAGACUAUCUAUUGAGAAACUACUUUAUACUAUUUUUACUUAUUUACUUUAUUGUACUGAAUAUUUUUUUAUACUUUAUUUUGUAAAUGAAGAACUACUUCACAUAAAUUCUUGAAAACCUCCGUGAUUUACCCUCUCAAAGCGAAGGAAAUUCUUUGUAAACUUCAGGAAAUGAUAUUAAUCUGUUCUUCAAAGAAAUAAAAUGGAAGUGGAGAUUUUUAAACACUGCAAAUGAGAUACAUGGUCUGGUAGUUUCAUUGUCGAUUUGUUAGUAUUCUUUUUAUGAAAGAAAAUGUAUGAGACAGAACUGAAAUGCCACAACAGAGUCUGGUGUUGAUUGAAGCUAGCUAUUUAUUAGACCAGUGCUUUUCCUUUUUCAAAUAUCCCUUUCAAUUUGCAAAAUUUCAAAUUUAUCGGUACAUUCUUAUUUUUACCUUGCACAUUUCGGAGGAGAUCUCGUAGGAAGACUGUCACUUUAGUUUUUUGCAUUGCAGGCCAGAGAUAAUUUUUUGUUUUUUUUCUAUUCAUCUUUAUACCUGUGUACUGUAACGGGCUACCAUAACCUAUUUGAUGUAGGCUCUGUUUUAAAAACUGAUCAUCCCUAUAGGAAAUUUUUUAAAGAAAAACGAAGGUGCUCUCCAGCUUCUAUCAGCAGCUGUCACAGUUUAAUUUGAAGAUAUUGAUGGAUUUUUCAUCCUUAUGUAAUUUUUUGUCGCUUGCUUUAUUCUCUUUAUAGGUAUGUCAUGGUAGAUAUUCUUUCUUUGCUGUAGGAAAGGAAAAAAAAAUAAUUAUGAAUUUAGGAAAGAAUUAUUGAAUUCUCACUGUUCAUAAGUAAAGAAUGUAACUAAAAAUAUAAAUUCUGUAUAUAUUCUAUUAAAGCACGAGUCUCCAUCAUUGGAGCAUUCUCUAAUCUAUAUUCUAUAUGUCAUUUUGUAAAUAAUGAACCUUUUAAAAGGAAUUACAAUAAUCUUAAGUGUUUAGCCAUUACCUUUUGUACCAUUGACACUCAUAAAUUAGGCUCUAAAGUUAGCAUUGUUUGUUCGACGUUUUGUGUAAUUAUGACUCAAAAGCCUAGACCUGGGUGACUAUUUAUUUGCACGUACCUUUUACGUGAAACAUGAAUAAUUAUAUUGGUCGUUUUAGUUUCAGAGGGUAAAAUGCUAAGGUUGUAAAUACAUCUAUUUAAAUUAUUAUUGUGAAAAAUCGAAUUCUCAGUAGAUACGCUGUCAGACUGCUUUAUCUUAUUAUCUUUGAUUUUGUUGCAAGUGUUAUGGGGCUCAAGGCCCCCUGUAAUCUUCUCAGUAAAGAAUCUGCAUGCAUUUUUAUUAUCGGAUAUUCUGUAACCACCAUCUGUUGUGAAAGAAAAAGUUAAAACGUGUUGCUAAGGUAAGCGUCCUCUUGGUGAAGAACACAGACUCUAAUAGUAGAUUGUAAUUACGAAGCUUAACCACCCAAAAGGAAAUAGAUGUUCAAAAUUCUUCCUAUUGGGUUCAGAGGUAGGCUGCACACUGAAUAUCUAAAAGGUUGUGAAGCUACUGUUCACAAUCAGUGGAAACAGAAUCAGUGUUGGUAAAUUGAGGCUGACUCUUGACUGCUUCAAACAUAGCAAUUAAUUAGUCAGUACAGCUGAUGCAAAAUGAAUGAAAGGCGUUUGAGAAAAAGUGCUGUUGCUCAUUUCCAUGUAAUUUUGCCUUCUUUCAACUUGAUACGAAUUGCUAUUACUGCUCUGAGCACACAUUUCUCCUCAUAAAAAUAAAGUUGCAAGAAAUCUAAUUAAUAAUUUAAAAAUUCUAAAAUGUAAGCCAAGAUACGUGUAAGUUGAAAAGUCAUCAGUUUAUUACUUGAUGUAUUGUGUGAAACAUUUAAGUUUUCCCGUCAGGUUCCUUGUGACCUAUCUACAAAAAAUAUUGGGUUGGAAUCCCUCCUCCAUCCUAGUGUAGGACGUAACUUUUCAAGGCAUGCUCUUGGUCCAAAUGAUAAAUGAUGUUUACAAACUGCUCCAUUUUUGACAUAUUUCUUCCCUGACUAGAAUUCUAUUUUCGAUCAACAAACAAAAACACUUGGUCUUAAACAACAUUAAAUUCAGAUGGUUUUUUUUAUGAUUUUCGAUGCACUUUUGUAAAUUAUCUUCUUGAAGUUGGAAACAUGACAUUCUUUUACAAAGAGACAAUUUUUCAACUUUUUUGGUGUGUAUUUCAUGUUGAAUUAGAUUUAGAAGCGCACACAUUCUUUCUUCAAGUACGUUCCUCUCUUUUUCCUUGCCUCUCUUCAUUUUCUGUUUUUUUCCUUAUCACCAAAAAUUAUGAUAAUGAAUCAUAAAUCUGACAGUUAUGCAAACGAAAUUUAAUUUUAAAAUCAAAGAUUGAAGUUGUCAACUUCAUGUACAUAGUAAACUUAGACUUGCUUUUCAAGAGCCCAUCUUUUCACUUACUUACUUAAGUAUGCUAACAAUUAUUUAUUAAAGUAGCAGAUAAGGUUUAUCAUAUUGCUUAUCUGUCAUCAUUUCCUUUAUAUUAUCUCCGUAACUUAUAUAAUGGUUGUAUUUGGACAAUUAUUAUUAUUACUUUGUUUUAAUUUUGCUGAGGUACCUAUUCAUUAAAUUUUGUACGUAUAAAGUAAAGUGUAAGAAAAUAUUAUAGCUAUAUUUACCUAUUUAA